CCGUGCUUCUGCCCCUACAAGGUUUGGGCUGCGGUGGGGGAGGGUCCCGGCCCCCGGCUCCGCCCGGUCCCUCCCAGCCUUUUAAGCGUCCGCGCGGCUGGGACAUCCCAGUCCCUCUUGGUCCUCCUGGCCUGUCACCCUUGCGCCCAGUCCUCGCAGCCAGCCCAGUCCGCACCGCCUGCCGGCCAGCCGGUCCCACACCGCAGCCAUGGACGCCAUCAAGAAGAAGAUGCAGAUGCUAAAGCUGGACAAGGAGAAUGCCAUCGACCGCGCUGAGCAGGCAGAAGCCGACAAGAAGCAAGCUGAGGACCGCUGCAAGCAGCUGGAGGAAGAACAGCAGGCCCUCCAGAAGAAGCUGAAGGGGACGGAGGAUGAGGUGGAAAAGUAUUCUGAGUCAGUGAAGGACGCCCAGGAGAAACUGGAGCUGGCCGAGAAGAAGGCCACUGAUGCCGAGGCAGAUGUAGCCUCCCUGAACCGCCGCAUUCAGCUGGUAGAGGAGGAGCUGGACCGGGCACAGGAGCGCCUGGCUACAGCCCUGCAAAAGCUGGAGGAGGCUGAGAAGGCAGCUGAUGAGAGUGAAAGAGGAAUGAAGGUCAUUGAAAACCGAGCCAUGAAGGAUGAGGAAAAGAUGGAGCUGCAGGAGAUGCAGCUAAAGGAGGCCAAGCACAUCGCUGAGGAUUCAGACCGCAAAUAUGAGGAGGUGGCCAGGAAGCUGGUGAUCCUGGAAGGAGAGCUGGAACGCUCAGAAGAAAGAGCUGAAGUGGCUGAGAGUAAAUGUGGGGACCUAGAGGAGGAGCUGAAAAUUGUUACCAACAACUUGAAAUCCCUGGAAGCCCAAGCAGACAAGUAUUCCACCAAAGAAGAUAAAUAUGAAGAGGAGAUCAAACUCCUGGAGGAGAAACUAAAGGAGGCUGAGACUCGAGCAGAGUUUGCCGAAAGGUCUGUGGCAAAGUUGGAGAAAACCAUCGAUGACCUGGAAGAUGAAGUCUAUGCACAGAAGAUGAAGUACAAGGCCAUCAGCGAGGAGCUGGACAACGCACUCAAUGACAUCACCUCUCUCUGAGCCCCUCACCAGUUUUUUCCCCCCUGCCCCUUCUCUCCUCUCCCUUCCAUUCUCUCUAUGAGGAGGGGGGCAGGCAGGAGGAGCAGAAAUUACCAAUAUUGCACAGCCAGGCUGGGUGCAGCCUAGGAGAACCUCCAUCACACGGGAGCUGCCCACCCUGGCACUUGCUUCUUCCUUCUCUCCAUCUAUUGCCCCUUCCACUCACUGGCCUCUACCUCUUUCUGCUGCUGAAUAAACUCAACUUGGUCUUCAUGCUGUU